AUGCAGAAACUCCAUGGCUGGCAACAGUGUGAAGUAGUAAAUUUGCGACAGGGGUCCAGCAACGGGCCGCUGUUGGAUGAAGAUGAUGUUGUGCAAGGGCUGCUUGGCCCUGGUGAAAGACUUUGGGCCCUCUGCAGCGCGUCGUCAUUGGAUGCCCUUGACAAUACCGGCACUGUGGCAAGCGGAGCAGACAACUGUGAGCCAAGUGCGCCUGCGGAAGAUGUAGAGAUGCUUCCGGAUGAUGAAGGGAAGGUCUCAGUGAAGUAUCAAACCAUUGAGCGCUUGGCCUCUGGAAAGCCGCCAGGGGAAGUGAAAGUAGAUGGAGAGCUUUGCACAUUGAGCUUAGCCAAGCAGAUUGCAGACAUUGAGGGCAUCAUCUACUCAGCAGGGGAAGAUGGUGAUGAAGAUUCUACCAAUGUGUUUCAUUUUGGAAGCUGCAAGGGCACUGGCUGUGUUUGCGCCACAGCCAAUGCGCGUUUUAAAAUGUGGGGAUAUGAAGCGGCCUUGAAGAUUCAGCCAGCCGCCUUCCUACAAAAGGAGCAUCCACAACGAUGGGCCGCUGAUCUUUGCCAUGCAGACCUGUGUUCCAUUUGUUUGAACGGUCUCAGUGAGAGUGGCGAUGACAUUGUGGUUGGGAAUCGUGAGUGCUUGCACUUUUUCCACGGCCAGUGCUUGUUGGAUUCAUUUCAAGCUGAUGGGAAACAUCAGUGCCCGCUUUGCCGAGGGGAGUGGCAUUACCUUGAAGAUCCAGAGAAAAAGAACAGCACGGCCGAAGCUGGCGAAGCGUUGCUUGUGGUGCUGCAGGCUUCUGGUGAAGCGACCUGUGUCUACACUGACACCAAGCCUGGCCUCACCGUAAAAGAAUUGAAGUCUAAAGCCACGAAUCUCACUGGCUCAGACUGCCAAAAUUUGAUGCUGCGAAGUCAUGGAAUCACCCAUGAUGAUGAAGCAGCUGUGGUCCCACUGAUUCCCCCAGUUUUCACGCUCUGUGAGAGGGGUGCCCACCCCUGGUCAAUGCAAGUUACCUGUCACGGGCCGGAUGGAAAACGGCCUCUGAAGCGCAAGAUGAGAAGCAACGACAGCAUUUGGGACUUGAAACGUUCGCUGCACCGCGAAUGGCGGAUUCUGCCCUCGAAGUUGCGAGUGCAAGAUCAAACAGGUCUCCACCGGCACGAUGCAGUGAUGCUGGGUGAGCUUCGAGACGGUGUUCAGGUGGAAGCAGAGGUGACUAUCUCCGUUUCCGCGGAAAGCUACGCCUUGUUGGAUCUCUGGGUGCCUUCGCACCGCUUAGAUAUUCCAUCAGCCACAGACAGAUGUCAAGAUGUGCUUCUCGAGGGCGAAGUGCUUUAUGUCACACAACGAUGCAGCUUCUUGGCGAUGUUUUGCUGGGCCCAACUGCAGGGACCUUCAAUGGAUCGCAUGACGCUCUUUGCAGCAGACGAAUCAUGGCAAGUGGUCAACAGGCAUCAAACAGAAGAAGGUUUGAGCUGUUUGCUCUCUUGCCUUUACUUCCUUGCUGCCCAGCCCGAGUCCACCAAGAAGGCCUUGCUUUCUUCUGCCUGGCAGCUGUUGCCAUUCCCACCUUUGCAACUUGGCCUUGCGCUUCUCCUGGAUGGUCGUGGUCGACAGAUUACAGAGGCAGACAAGGCUGCUGUGGCCCAUGGCCUCUUUCAGAUGCUGAAGGCUAUUGCCCCGAAGGACCAUCCAGAAAACCAACUUUUCGAACAUGCACGAGUCCUUCUGGCAUAUCUCAUUGAAUCUUCCGAUGCGGCUGCGGAGCUCAUUGCACCCGCCCAGGUGGAACAGACUCUGCUGUGUUGCAUCACUCAUGAGCGGUUACAGGAGCCAGCCUACUUUAUGGACCGGCCGGAGAUGGUCAUCAACCGGUUUGCUGCAGAAAAAGUGAUUUCUCAGCUUCAAGCAGGGCUUGAAAUGGAGACAAACUUCCGCCUGGAUGAAGAUGAUGAAGCCUACUGGCGCACCUGUGAAGUUAAUGAUUUGCAAGAUGCUCGGCACCUGUCCCGCUUGGUGAAGAUCUAUAGCCGAUUAAGCGCAUGCCUGGUGUUGCGUGUCGCGCCAUCCAAUGGUGAGACCAUUGCACUUUCAGCAAGAUCCUUCCCAACAUGGACAAAAUUGCGAAUGUGCUGCGGCAAGACAGCCAAAUCCAGCUGCUUGCACCUGAUCGGCGCGUUGUCUUUGAAGACAUGCCACUCGCCGCCAAAGCUGACCCGGACGAAGGAGGGACAUGUGGUCGUCUUCACCGGUCAUGGCAAGUCCAUUGGCGCUGGACAUUGCGUGAUCUUCUCGCCGUUGCAGGGCAGUGAAGAGCACAUGGAUUUGGACCAGGUGGCAAAAGCUCUGGCUGACUUAGAGUCUGACCAUCGAGACGACCGUGAGCUUCAAGAAGGAGUGAUCGUUUGUUUGGACAUCUCCGAAUCGAUGGGUCUCAAAUCCACCUUCCCAGCAGACCAAGCGCAGGCUGAAACUUCCAUGUGGGAACUUGGACCGCCCCAAGAAGAGUCGGAAGAGUUGUUGAACGCAUUGGUGCGCAGAUUUGACCAUCACCCUGGGAUUUACUACUUGCGGCAGUGUGUGAUUCCUGGCUGGGAAGGUCGGCCAAAGAUGAUCCUUGAGCAACUGUGCCAGCUCUUGCGCGGCAGUCGAAUCUCAGAGGAACAGCUUCGCAUGAUCGCGAAACAUUCCGAGAAAUUCUUUGCGGUGCUGCAGCCGCGGGAUGGUCAAGUUCCGCAUGAGUUUUGCUGCCCCAUUACGCAGAGCCUCAUGCUGGAUGCUGUUUGUACAUCAGAUGGCUUCACCUACGAGCGUCGAGCCAUUCAAGAGUGGCUUUCCAGAUCGCAAAAGUCACCGAUGACUCGACAAAAUCUGACCAGGAGCCUGGUGGAAAACCACGCCCUGCGCACGCAGAUCCGAGACUUUCGAGAUCGCCGCCGGAUUGGAAGUCGCAGAGAAGAUCCCCAAGCCAAGCCUGAAGGCGAUGUUCAUGUGGAUUGCUGGUUGCCACGAUCUUCUGAUCAGUGGCGCCUCCGGAUCAAGAUCACUGAAAGGACAACAGGUCUCGAUUUGAAAAGAAGCAUCUUCACGCAGUCAGAAUUCUGCAGCAAGCUAAACUCGGCGCUUCAGCUGAGAUUGUUUCAUGGUGAUCACUUGCUCCCGGACCUUGUGCCGUUGACUUCUCUGGGGAUUGUCGAUGGAUCACCAAUCACGGUGGCUCUAAUGUCUUCGCUUUUUUGCCUGGGAAAGCAGGUCAAAGUUGUCAUAGACGGUUCCUUUGAAUGUACCGUGGCUGCUCGGCAUUGA